AUGAUUUUCAAAUCACAAUUUCCAGACAUUGAAAUUCCUUUUCAAGGAAUUUAUCAAUACGUUACAAGUAAUGAAAAAGGAAUUAAAGAUGAUAAAUCAAUCUUCAUCGAUGGUAUAAGUGGUAAAAAAUUAACUUAUGGAGGAUUAAAGAGUUCUUCCAAGAAAUUUGCAGCUGGAUUAAUAGAUAAAGCAGGAUUUAAACGUGGCGACGUUUUAGCAAUUUACUCUCCAAACCAGAUCGAUUACUCGAUUGUUUUGCUUGGAGCAAUCGCGGCAGGAGGAAGAGUGUCGCCUGCUAAUCCCAUGUAUACAAUUGAAGAAUUUACUCAUCAAUUAAAGGAUUCGGGAGCAAAAUAUAUUGCCGUGUUUCCACCAUUUCUCUCAAACGCAAUUAAAGCCGCAGCCGCUGCGAAUAUUCCUGAGUCAAAUAUAUUUCUAUUUGGCGAUAAAGAAAUUGAUGGAGUCAAGCCUUAUUCCUCCCUCAUCUCUGAAAGAGAAGUUAUUCCAGUUGAAUAUUCAUCAGAAGAAGCAAAGUCAACUACGGCAUACCUAUGUUUUAGUUCUGGCACAACGGGAAGGAGUAAAGGAGUCGAAACAACUCAUGCUAAUAUUGUCGCUAAUGUACAUCAAAUUUAUAAUAUUGAUGAUGAUAUGAAUGAUGAAAUUAUUUACCUUGCCGCAUUACCUUUCUUUCAUAUUUAUGGAUUAUUGCUUUUCAUCCAUAUAGCCAUUUUUACGGGUGCGACAGUCAUUGUGAUGCCAAAAUUUGAUUUGACAACAUUCUGCAGAUUAAUUCAAGAGUAUAAGGUUAAUACAAUUCCAAUCGUACCUCCAAUCAUUGUAUUAUUAGUUAAAAAUCCAAUUGCAAGAAAAUAUGAUUUAUCAAGUUUAAAAUUUUGUCUAAGUGGUGCUGCUCCUUUAAGCAAAGAAUUAGCCGAAGAAUUCACCAAAAUAUUUAAUAUACCAAUUAAACAAGGUUAUGGUUUAACUGAAACUCCCGUAACACAUAUUUCUAAAACUGAUCUUGUCGUUCCUGGUUCUGUUGGAAGACUCGUUUCAAAUAUGGAAUGCAAGUUCCUAUCCGAAAAAGGAGAGGAACUUGGAUAUAAUCAACCUGGUGAACUUUGUAUUCGUGGUCCAACAGUUAUGAAAGGUUACCUUAAUAACAAAACGGCCACUAAUGCGUGUAUUGAUCCUGAAGGAUGGUUCCAUACCGGUGAUAUAGCAAUGAUCAAUGAAUUAGGAAACUUUUAUAUCGUCGAACGUGUUAAAGAGUUAAUCAAGUACAAGGGUUUCCAAAUUCCACCUGCCGAAUUGGAAUCAAUCUUGCUUACCCAUCCAUCAAUCGCUGAUGCUGCCGUAAUUGGUGUUUACUCCAAGCAAGAAGCUACCGAAUAUCCGGCUGCUUACGUCGUAUUACAACAAAAUAUUCAUAAAUCAGAUCAAGUAAAAGAAGAAAUUAAAGAUUUUAUUGCUCAAAAAGUUGCUCCUUUUAAGAAAUUACGUGGUGGUGUUUUAUUCAUUGAUCAAAUUCCUAAAAGUGAAUCUGGUAAAAUUUUAAGAAGGUUAUUAAGAGAAAGAAUCAAGUCCGAACAUCCUUUAAAUCAGUUUCCUGCUCACAAGUUAUGA